AUGAGUAAGAGUCUAAAGCCGGCUGAUCGAUACUCCCUAGUUGAGACCACACCUUUAGAAAUGAAAGGAGUCAAGGAGGGUGAAUUGGAUUGUCCAAAGAGAGGUGGGCCGCCUUGGAAAAAUCGCAAAACUCAUGGUCAAAAUAGCAAAGAAGAGUCAAAAUGGAGCAAAAAGAGUCAAAUCACCAAGUUCCCAAGUCUAGAGCACCAAAUACAUUUCUCGCUAAAGACCAAACCGGAGCAUCCGAAGUACGACCGCAUGUUCAUGCCUUCCCGACGUCCAAAAGUCAUGAUUCUUAUAUGGAAAGAUAGAUAUUUGAGUCAUGACCCGCGGCGAAGUGGAAAGAGGUCAUUUGGAUCACUCGUUGGACCGGAACUUAUUUUCUACCAAGACAUGUCCGACGAGCGCCUAAGUAGAGCCCAUGGAGACUUUGAUGGAUCAAGAGGCCCGGAUACCGCGCCCAAGGCCUUGGCUCAUCUUGACACUAGCAUAACUCAAUCCAGAAGCUUCCAUUGGCCUGAACGCGGCCCAUUCAAGAACUUGGAGAGCAAGCUCAAGCGGCUAAAGAGAAAUGGAAACUUUCCUCUUCUGCGCGCGCUCAACUUUGCCGACCUAGACCCGCUCUCUACCUAUAUAUACUUGCUUUUAGCCUCUUGUAAUAAGAAUCACCAGCCGCAUAACAAGAAACACUUAUUCAAUAAAGUUCGGAGCCACUUAGGUGGUCUCCUUCUUCUUUCUUUUCUUCUUUUGCAUUUGUACUUGGAGAUGAAUCACAACACCAACAUCCACUUUGGGAACCGGACACUGAUCCCACACGAUCUCCACGGCCGGAGUUACCAAGACCCAGCCGUAAGCAUCGUGCCACAUCCGUUCCCUCCCAACCGCGCUCAUCCGACGUUUGAAGGACCUAGCCGAGACGAGCAUCAUUACCAUCAUCAUCAAAACCGACCUCCGGUUUAUCAUCAACCACCUAGACCAGUGUUGCAUUCACACCACGACCAUGUUCUCAAUAGGCGGAGAGAUAGCCAUUUCGAUGCCGUGCUUGAGGGUUUCAUGGAGAGCCAAAGAAAAACUAGCCGCGACAUUGAAACAAAGCUAGAGUUCACGCGAUACGAACUAGAUGGAAGACUUGGAGAACUCUCUACCCAAAUAGAGAGAGUAGAGUCAAGAUGCUUGGACAUGGAGGAAGAUUUGAAGAAGCAAGGCGAGGCCAUUGAAGACAAUAGAAGAGCGAUACACUUUACCAAAGUUUCUACCAAGGAGAUGGACAAUCACUUAGAUGAGAAGAUCACAAGUCUUGAUAACAACCUCGAUGGCACCACCAAGAGUCUCAAUUCAAUAACAGCAGUAGCUCAUCAAGCUAAGAGGGAGGUAGCCGAAGUAACCCUAAAGGAGAGGCAAUGUUACUCGACGAUGCUUACUGAUGUCUUUUGGAGCAUUCUGGAGCAUAUGGGACAUAAGGAGCAUGGAGGGACUUGGCACAUGGAAGCAGCUCAACUGGACACGCAAAGGAAGAAGGGAGAAGCCAUCUUGAAGACCAGCUCGACCAACCGGUCGAGUUCCUCAACUCGACCGGCCAAGCUUCAACUCGAUCGAGCUGAGAAGUCAAAGUGUAUGCGAACUCGAUCGAGUCGGUCAACUGAAGACUUGGUCGAGCUAGACAUUACAACGGGUAGAAAGAGGGUUCAGAGGUCACAGAGGGUACAAGAGGAACCUGAGGUGCUUGUUGCUGAUACAAUGGAUGUACCAGAGGGGAAUGGAAACCCUUUGGGCAUGGACUCGGUCGAGCUAGGCAAACUCGACCGAUUGGUCAAGGAGAUGCUCCAAACCGCCACCAACAGAGACAAGGGAUUGUUCCACCACCAGUGCAGAACCACAACUUUGAGAUCAAGCUGGGAAUGA